AUGCAGGCCAGGCGCCGGUACCUGCUGGCGGGGCUGGCCGCCUGCCUGCUACUGGGGCUGCACCUGCGGCCGGGGCGCCGGCGGGCGGCCGCCCCGCUGCGCAACGCCCUGGCGGCGGGGCCGGCGGCGGAGGAGGGCGCGGAGCGGCCGGCGCGGGGCGGCGCGGGGCCGGCGGGCGGGCGCUGCCGCAUGGAGACCUGCUUCGACUUCAGCCGCUGCCGGCGCCACGGCUUCCGCGUCUACGUCUACCCGGCCGGGGGCCGCCUCUCGGAGCCCCAGCGCCGGGUGUUGCGCAGCCUGCGGGGCUCCCGCUUCUACACGCCCGAGCCCGGCCGCGCCUGCCUGCUGGUGCUGCCGCUGGAGCGCGGCGCCCGGCCGCGCCUGGCCCGCCUGCCCCACUGGGACGGCGGCCGCAACCACCUGCUCUUCAGCCUGCACCGCGACGGGCCGCUGGGCUUCGAGCCGGGCCAGGCGCUGCUGGCCCAGCCCAGCCUGGCCGCGCCCCGCUUCCGGCCCCGCUUCGACGUCUCGCUCCCGCUCGUCCCCCGCCGGCUCCCGCAGCGGGGCGGCGCCCGGGCCGGCCCCUUCGCCGCGCCCCGCCGCUACCUGCUGGUCUUCAAGGGCCAGCGCGACCCGAGCGGCCUCGGCUCCGAGACCCGCGCCGCUCUGCACCACCUGCACAACGGCCGCGACCUGCUGCUGCUCACCGCCUGCCAGCCCGGCCCGGGCGCCCGCUGCGACCGCCACCCUGCCGACUACGCCCGGUACGAUUCCCAGGAGCUGAUGCACAACUCCAGCUUCUGCCUGGUGCCGCGGGGCCGGCGCUUGGGCUCCUUCCGCUUCCUCGAAGCUCUCCAGGCCGCCUGCAUCCCCGUGCUGGUGAGCAACGGCUGGGAGCUGCCCUUCUCCGAGGUCAUCGACUGGAACAAAGCCGCCAUCAUCGGGGACGAGAGACUCCUCCUCCAGAUCCCGUCGAUAACCCGCUCCAUAGACCACGACAAAGUCCUGGCGCUCCGGCAGCAGACCCAGUUCCUGUGGGAGACGUACUUCUCCUCGGUAGAGAAAAUCGUGCUGACCACCCUCGAGAUCAUCCAGGACCGAAUCCAGGCGCACGUCAGCAGGAACCACGUGAUGUGGAACGCGCAGCCGGGCGGGCUCUACGCGCUCCCCCAGUUCUCCACCAGCCUCGCCGACUUCCCCUUCUACUACUUCGCCCUGGGGCGAAGCCCGGCCAAGGAGUUCACCGCCGUCAUCCAGGCCGUGUCGCUGCUGCUCUCGCAGUCCCAGCCCAUCGUCAAACUCAUCCUGGCGGUUGCCAAGUCCAAGUAUUGUACCCAGAUCGUGGUGCUGUGGAACUGCGAGAAGCCCCCGCCCCCAAGGAGCCGGUGGCCGUCCGUCCCCGUGCCACUCAGCGUCGUGGAAGGGGAACACAAGACCAUGAGCAGCCGUUUCUUUCCCUAUGAGCUCAUCCGGACAGACGCCGUGCUGAGCCUGGACGAGGACACCAUCCUAUCGACCAACGAGGUUGACUUUGCCUUCACUGUGUGGUGCAGCUUCCCGGAGCGCAUCGUGGGCUACCCGGCCCGGAGCCAUUACUGGGACAAGAGCAAAGGCUGGUGGGCGUAUACCUCCAAGUGGACCAACGAGUACUCCAUGGUGCUGACCGGGGCAGCGUUCUACCACCGGUACUAUCAUUACCUGUACACCUUCUACCUGCCCGCCAGCCUGCACAGCAUGGUGGACCAGAUAGCCAACUGCGAGGACAUCCUGAUGAACUUCCUGGUUUCCGCGGUCACCAAGCUCCCGCCCAUCAAAGUCACCCAGAAGAAGCAGUACAAGGAGACCAUGAUGCAGCAGGGCUCCAAGACGUCCCGCUGGGCCGACCCGGAGCACUUUGCCCAGCGCCAGGCCUGUAUGAACUCCUUCGCCAGCUGGUUCGGCUUCAUGCCCCUCGUCCAUUCGCAGAUGCGGCUGGACCCCGUCCUCUUCAAGGACCAGGUCUCCAUCCUGCGCAAGAAGUACCGGGACAUCGAGAGGCCAUAG